AUGGGCAUUCGGAAGAUGUCGCAACAGUUGAGCGCAACGGCCAGCGGUAAUACUAUGCACGGUAGUAUCGGAUCGAACACUAGCAUCGCCUGCAGCAUGGGCAACAACAUCCCGAACAAUCUGACAACCUGUGCUAGUAGCAUCCCGAACAGUAUGAUCACCACGAUGUCCAGCCCGAACGGUGCAACCAACGGUCCCGCCAGCAAUGGCAGCAGCAACGGCGCGGGUGCUGGUGGUGGUGGUGGUGGUGGGGCCGGUGGUCCCAACAACGGUCCCCCGUCGACACCGGCCACACCGACCAACAACUGUCAAUCGAUUCGCUACUGCUGGGAAGCGGAUAAGGUCAAGACGCUGAUUCGUCUGCGGGCGGAACUGUCACCAUUGUUCACCGGCAAACGGAAUGCUUCGAAAUAUGCCUGGGCUGUCGUCGAGCGAGAACUCAGCGUGCCGUUGCCGAUUUCGAAAAUCAUCAAGAAAUGGAACAAUCUGCUGCAGGAGUACAAGGCGAUCAAGAUGUCCGAGGAACCGAAGCGCCGCGAGUGGCCGUUCUUCAACCUGAUGGACGUGUACUUCAGCGAUCAGGUGAACGAUCCGACGCUGCGCCUGUUCUCGUCGACCAAGCGCUUCGACUCGGACACCCUGGACGACGCGCAGUUCGAUGACGAGAUCAUGAACUCGACGGCUGCGGCCGCCAUAGCGGCUGCCGCGGCCGCCUCGGCCGCCGCCGCGAACGCCGCUAGUCAGCACAAGAUCAAGAACGAGCUGAUCGCGACCCACGGCCACAGCGGGGGCAGCAUGCUGGACAUUUCGGACAUCAUCGGCGACGAGCACGGCGAGUCCAAGUUUGACCAGUUCAAGCGCGAAAUCGUCCUGAGCCAGAUCCAGGAGAUCACCCGGGCCGGCAGUGGCGGCGGUGGUGGAGGCGGUGGCCGCAAGGAGAAGAACAACAAUAACAACAACAACAACAGCAACAGCCAUCACAACAACAGCAGCGCCCAGAGCAACAAUAACAACAGCAGUAACAAUAGUAACGCCAACAGCACCACCACGAACAGCAGCAGCAGCACCAACACCGGCAGUGGUCCCGGAGCGGGACAAAACGGAAGCGGAAAUGGAGCCGGCGGCGGUGGGAAUGGAUCGCUCGAGAGUAAACACAAGCUGAUGGAGUCGCUCAACCUGAGCCCGGGCGGAAGUCACCUGACGAGCGGGGUGAGCACGCUUAGCACCAGCAGUAGCAGCAGCGGCGGCUCGGCACGGGACGAGAGCAGCAGCCUGAACAGUAGCCCGACCAGCCACGUCAGCAGCGGCCCCGUCAACGGGCAGGAGCUGCGCAAGCUGUCGAAUGGGCCGACGGCCGACUUUAGCGCCCUGCUGGCGGCGGCCAACAGCCACACGAAUGGGACGCUCCACAGCAACAGCAGCGCCCUGAGCAGCACCGACCGGGACACGGACUACGACGACUUCACCGAGCGCGGCAGUCUGUACGACGGGAGCAACAACCACCUGAAGAGCCUGAACCAGAAGCUGCUGCAUCAGAUGAACGAACAUCACAACAUCGAUCAGUACCUGCUGUCCUGGCGCGGCUUCCAUGGCAACAUGUGCAAGGGCUUCCACAGUCUGCAGCGGGACGGGCAGAUGGUCGACGUGACGAUUGCGGCCGGUGGCAAGAUCUUCAAGGCCCACAAGCUGGUGCUGUCCGUGUGCAGCCCGUACUUCCAGAAGAUCUUCCUCGAGCACCCGUCCCAGCACCCGAUCCUGUUCAUGACCGACGUCAACAGCCACCACAUGGCCGGACUGCUCGACUUCAUGUACAGCGGACAGGUCAACGUGAAAUAUGAGGACUUGCCCAACUUCCUGAAGGUGGCCGAAGCGCUGCAGGUGAAGGGGCUACACGGCGAGAGUACCAACGACUCGGAGGAGCGCGAUUACCAACAGCAACAGCAGCAGCACGCGCUGCGACUGCAGGAACAGCAGCGGCUGUACCAGCAGCAGCAACAACAGCAGCAGGCGCAACAACAGCAGCAGCAGCAGCAAAUGCAUCACCAUCAACAGCAGCAGCAGCAGCAACAACAACAGCAGAAGUUGGCCCACCAACGCCAGCAGCUGAUUCAGGUCGCACAGCAGCAGGCUCACGCCCAGGCACAGCAGCAGGCUCAGCAGCAGCAGCAUCAGCAGGCUCAGCAGCAGCAGCAACAGCAACAACAGCAGCAGCAACAGCAGCAGCAGCAAGCGGCAGCUGCAGUCGCCGCGCAGCAGCAAGCGGCCGCCGUUGCGGCCGCCGUCGCGCACCAGCAGCAGCAGUUCCAGCAUCAUCGCAACAACUUCAAGGAGCUGAUGAAAGCGAAGCACGCGGCCGCCGCGGUCGUGCUGAGCGAGGACUACCUGAACAACAACAGCAACAGCGGCGCGUCCGCCGGCAAUAACAACAACGGUAACCUCAGCAACAGUAACGGGGCCGGCAACGGGCCGCUGUCGCCGUACGCGAGCAAAAAGAUGCUCGACACGCAGAAGUACCAGAAGUACUACUCGAAGCGCAAGCUGGUGCAGCAGUACGAGCAGGAGAUGCGGGCCGAGAAGCGCAAGCUGGGCAUCGAGGACGUCAUACAGGCGGCGGCCGCCGCCAAUGCGCUCAACCUGCGGCUCAACAAUGGCGGAAGCCCGAUCGGCUCGCCGACGGCCGUAGCGGCGGCGGCGGCUGCUGCGGCAGCGGCUGCGGCGGCCGUCAACCACCCGCCCGGCACGCCAACCAACGGAGGUACCAGCACCGACGAUGAGCAGCACCACCAUCAGCCGGCGGCGUCCGGAGGCUUGCUGGCCAACAUAAAGUCCGAGCCACACUACGACGACGAGGACGAGGGCAUGGAGAUCGAUCAGGACAACAACAACUCCCUCAGCGCGGCCAAUGCGAACGCGCCACACAACAACAACAACAACAACGAGGAUGACUACUACAGCCGGCACGAUCCGUCGGGCGUGAUAACGACGGGCAACGGCAAAACGAUCAAACAUUCCCUUCUCGAGCCAAAUAUAGUUUUAAAGCAGAGCGACGAGUGCCUGACGACCAACAGUCAGACGGGCAGCCUGAAUCUGUGCAAGAACGUCAGCUAA